AUGGCUUCCGCAAGCCGGAGAGAAUACCAACAACCGUCCCUUGAGGACAACGACAUGAUAGAUCCCGAUGAUGCCGACCUCAACGACUUCGACGACCCCCUCCAGCCAUCCUCCUCCCGCGCCCCACUGACAGGCAACAUCGGGCAGUCAUCGUCAUCGUCCCAGCAGCAGGGCGGGGGCGGCCUCAGCCAGGACUACCUGACGUCGCGGAUAGGCGGGGAGGACCGGCGCGCGCCGCAGAACACCAUCGACGAGAGCGUGUGGGACACGCUGCGGCGCGACCUGCUGGCGGUCUGGAGCAAGAUGCGCGAGGUGCUGGCCUGCGCGGCGCGUACGCGAACCUCCGGGGGGGCCGGGAUAUCGGGCGCCCGCGACGAGCUGGCCGGGCUCGCGGGCCGCGUCAUGGACACCGAGGCCCUGCUGCAGAACAACAUGACGCCCGGGCUGCGCGACUGGGACCUCUGGGGCCCGCUCAUCUUCUGCCUGCUGCUGAGCAUGCUGCUCAGCUUCAAUGCCGGGGUCGACCAGCGGGACGAGGUGUUCAGUGGGGUGUUUGCUAUGGUGUGGAUCGGGGAGGCGGUUGUGACGCUGCAGAUCAAGCUGCUGGGUGGGAAUAUCUCAUUCGCGCAGAGCGUCUGCAUCAUCGGGUACACACUCUUCCCGAUUGCCAUCGCCGCCCUCCUGUCCGCGCUGCACCUGCCGCAGAUCCCCCGGAUCCCGGUCUACCUGGUGCUCGUCGCCUGGUCGAUGGCGGCCGGCGUUAGCAUCCUCGGCGGCAGCGGUGUUGUGAAGAACCGGGUCGGGCUUGCGGUAUACCCCCUGUUCGUCUUCUACCUGGGCCUGGGCUGCCUGUGCUUCAUCAGCUAG